AUGGUUAAUGGCGCUGUGUCCCUUUGGGUUCUUCCUCUGACCCUAUUGCUGGGGAAUGCACCUUUCUGUCUUUCCAGCCUCUUCUCUUCACUAGUUGACUUGCAGAUUGACAGGACUGAUUACUAUGAAUACAGCGAUGAGUAUGUUGUACCAAAAGAGAACACCGCCGCCACAGACAGAGAAUACCUCACAUAUCCCGACUGGUUCUACGAAUACUUUGGCUACAAUGGUAUUAAAAUAGAUCCAUGCUCGUCCAAGCCUUGCAAGAAUAAUGGUGAGUGCAAAAGAAACAGAAAUCGCUACACCUGCCUCUGCCCUAUGCCGUAUGCCGGGACUAGGUGUGAGAAAGUGAAAAACGUGUGUGAAAGGAAUAGCUGUCGUCAAGGAGACUGCCUUAUAAUGCUAACUCCACCUUAUUCUCAGUGCGCUUGUAGACAUCCCUACAAGCCACCAUACUGCAACAAAGUAUCUGCAGCUUGCAAACCAAACCCAUGUAAAAAUGGAGGCGUCUGUCUACAGCGGAGACUCAGAUCAAAAUUCUCCUGCCAGUGUGCUGAACCCUUCAGAGGGAGGUUCUGUGAAAUAGGACCAGAGGACUGUUAUGAACAGGAUGGCCAUGAAUACAGAGGGAAAGUGAGUCAAACAAGAUCUGGGAAGACAUGCCUUCAUUGGAAUUCUAACCUGCUCUUGGACGAGAGUUAUAAUGCAUUUAUGGAGGAUGCCGAAUAUUAUGGCAUCGGUGACCAUAACUUCUGCAGGAAUCCAGAUGGUGAUGUAAAACCCUGGUGCUUCAUCAAAACAGAUAACAAGGUGAAAUGGGACUCCUGUGAUGUUUCGCCCUGCUCAGUAACAGAAAAGACUCCAGCGACUACAGUCACCCCAGCCAUUCUUCCUGUAGUGGGUAAGACAUUCAAUACGUGUGGACAGCCAGAGGCUCAGAGAACACUCAAAAGGAUUUAUGGUGGGGCCAAGACCAUAUCUGGCAAACAUCCCUGGAUGGCAUCUCUGCAGAGCAAGUGUCCAUGGAGGCCUCCCAUGCCAAAGGGACACUUCUGUGGAGGAGCUCUGAUUGAACCAUGCUGGGUUCUCACUGCUGGACACUGCAUUCACCUUCACACAGACAACCUGCAAGUGUCCCUUGGAAAGCAAGACGUGGAGAAGACAGAGUACCAUGAACAAAAAUUUGAUGUGGAGAAGAUAAUUCGGCAUGGACAUUACAAAGAAAGGAACGAUAUUCCAUUCAAUGAUAUCGCUUUGCUUAAGCUGAAGCCAGUUCAUGGCCAUUGUGCUCUAGAAACGAAGUACGUAAAAACAGUGUGUUUGCCCAGUGCUCCAUUUCCUGAUGGGACUGAGUGCUAUAUCUCAGGAUGGGGAGAUACUGAAACAGGUGAAGGAUCUCGUCAGCUGUUAGAUGCCAGAGUAAAGCUGAUCUCCAAGACACAGUGCAAUGCACGGCGCGCAUAUGAUAACAAACUGGAUGAAAGCAUGCUUUGUGCAGGAAAUCUGCAGACACCAGGAGUUGAUACUUGUCAGGGAGAUUCUGGAGGUCCUCUAACCUGUGUACAAAAUGGUUCCUAUUAUGUCUAUGGAAUUGUGAGCUGGGGCGAACAGUGUGGCAUAAAAGAUAAACCAGGAGUUUAUACCCAAGUGACAAGAUUCCUUAACUGGAUUAAAUCAAAAAUUCAGCAGGAAUCCAGUUCACGCGAGUAAGCGACAGUUUCUGGAAAGGCAAAUAGUAAAACUGAAAAAUUUAAUUUUCUUUAUCCCUCCUCCUCCAACUUUAUUGAUGACACUAUGACCAUGACAACAUAUCCAAGAUGGUGGUGGCUACAGAGAAAACAGCAAUAGCUGCUGCUUCAGACCUCAUGCAUCAACCACAAAUUUCGAUCUCCAGCGAACAGUAACAACGUAUGUAUGUAAUAUUUAGCUGAAAAUAAACUCCCGUAGAUUCUCUUAAGGUCUUUUCAGUGACUUACAGGGCCUGAUCCAAAGUCCGCUGAAGUCUUUUGGUGGAUCAGAUAGAAGGAAUGAGAGCUGCUCUGCUUUGUCCAAAAUCAAUUGGACAGUCAUUUUCUUAUUUUCGUCUGAAAUUUUUAUCAUGUAAAACACUUAUUCAUAUGAGCAGCUUUACACCGCUAAGUAUUCCCAUUGACGUCAGUGGUACUAUGCAUAUGCAUAAAGUUACUCACAUACAUGUGUUUGCAGGC